AUGACGGGCCGCGACCAGCCGCACGAUGCGCCCGCACGCUUCGAGGACAAUCUCGACGGUCCCGCGCGCCCCAACGGGUCGGCUAAGCGCACCUCGACCUCGUCGUCGUCCUCGCCGCAGCUCGCGGGCUCGUCGGCGCCGCUCGCCUACGUCCUCAUCCGGUGGCUGUUCCGCUUUGUCCUGCGCGUCUUCUACAGCAGCGUCGUCGUCGAGGGCGCCGAGCACAUCCCGCGAGAUGGUGUACCUUGCAUGAUCACGGCCAACCACAGCAACUCGCUCACCGACGCGCUCCUGCUCGUCACGACCGUGCCGCCGUCUCGUCGGUCGCUUCUGCGCCUCACGGCAAAGGACACGCAGUUCGGUCGAGGGACGUUCACGUCGUGGCUCAUCGAGAGCGCCGGCACGCUCCCGAUCAAGCGGCCCAAGGACCACGCCGGGCAGCCCGUCGACAACGGCACCGUGUUCGAGACGCUCAUCGGCGCCCUCGAGCACGGCGACGCCAUCGUCCUCUUCCCCGAGGGCAUGUCGCGCUACUACCCCGAGAUCGCGCCCCUCAAGCAGGGCGUGAGCCGCAUCGUCAGCGACACGCUGUCGCGCCAGAAGGACAACCCGGCGUUCGAGCUCGCAGUCCAGACGGCCUCGAUCACGUACCUCCACCGCAACCUCUUCCGCUCAGACGUCCUCGUCACGUUCCACCCGCCCAUCUUUGUCUCGGCCCGCACCCACCCGGACCUCAUCGCCUCGCCCUCCCUCACGACCACCACCACCACCACCUCCUCCUCCUCCUCCUCGACGCCCGGGGCGCGCGACCCGUCCGCUCCCCCGCCCACAGCAGCGCCCGACGCACACGAGCGCGCGAUCCGCUCCCUGACGGCCUCGAUCGGGGCCUCGAUCCGGUCGGGCAUCCUCGACGCCCCCUCGUGGUCCGUCAUCCGCAUCGCCAACACGGCCCGCCGGCUGUACGCGCCCCUUGGGACGAGCCUCACGCUCGGUGACCACGUGCGCCUCACGCAGCGGUUCGUAGACGCGCUCGCGGGCAAGAAGGCCGACAGGACGUGGGACGAGGCGGUUGGGGCUGCUGCGGACGAGGGCGGCGAGGGCGAGGGACAGGGCGAGAGGGGCGAGCGGUGGCACCGGGUCGAGGUGCAGGGGCGGGGGCGGGAGCGGGAGCGCGCCGGCGGCGACGACGACCAGGCGGCGCCGGCGACGGCGCCGCUCAGGGUCAAGAGCCGGCCGGGCCUCACCAAGCGCGACACGGGCGUCGUGUGGCAGACGCCGAUGCGCGACACGGCGGGCGGCGCGGGCGGUGACUACUUUGCGCUCGCGCGAGAGCAGAACGGCGGCAAUGGCGGUGGGAACGGCGACGCGGCGCUCAAGACGGACGACGACGACGACGAGCGUCGGGACGAGCUCGUGCGCCUCAGGAGGGACCUCAAGACAUACCAGGACCUCCUUUACCUGCACGGCAUCAAGGACGACCGAGUGCGCAACACGCGCCUCCUGCACCGCCGCAUCGUCCUCAAGCGCCUCGUCGUGCGCAUCGCCGGCUCGGUCCUCCUCUUCCUCGUGUCGAUCCCGGGCCUCGUCCUGUGGGUACCCGUGUUCCUCUCGACGAGAAAGAGCAGCGGGAGGCUCGUCCGCAAGGGCCCCGUCUUUGACACCUACGACGAGGUCGCACAGACCAAGCUCGUCACGGGCCUCAUCUCGGGCCUCGCCGUCCUCGCCGUCGCGUCCCUCGUCACCUUCCCUCUCCUCCCCCUGUUGAACGUCCCCGUCCUCCUCGCCUUCAUGUGGCUCACGCUCCGGUUCCUCGAGGACCUGACGUCGUCGCUGCGGGCCGCGCUCGCGCUCGCGCGGCUCCUCUUUGUCGGCAAGCGCCAGCUCCUCCUCCUGCGCGAGAUGCGCGACGACCUGCGACAGCGCGUCGAGCGCCUCGCGGUCGAACGCGCGGGCCUCCCGAGGGACGCAGACGUGUUUGUCCAGGAGAGGGACAGGAGGUGGAAGAGGGUUGGGCUCGCGGCCCUGCCCGGCAGCUCGUUCCUUGACCGGUUCGCGUUCGACGUUGGGUUCUUCGACGUCAGGAGAAGGCGUAAGAAGGACUGGAACGAGGCGCUCAAACUGUGGGACCAGACCGAGUACGUCGACGACGAGGUCCUGCCGCCGGGCGUCGAGAAGCGCCGCGACUUGGCCGUGUAGCGCAGAAGUCGGAUCUGGAGAGAGAGAGCAAUAUCGACAGCGAGCCCUUAUCCCCG